AGAUCGUUUACGCUCAUCCUGCAGGCUUUGGAUCACAACAAUUUUUCUAUACCUGCAAGUAAUGAUAUAAUUGAAGAAGCAACCUACUCAGGGAUAAUUGACCCCAGUCCCGAAUGGCACACAUUGAACCAUCGGGGUCCCCGUGCUCACCUUACAUACAGGGUGCGCGUCAAAUGUGAUACUCAUUACUACAAUUCUACUUGUACAAAAUUCUGUAGGCCGCGAGACGAUAAGUUCGGCCAUUUUAUCUGUGAUGCUAAUGGUGAUAAGGAGUGUAUAGAGGGAUGGAGGGGAAAUAUUUGUGAUAUAGCUGUAUGUAAGGCCGGAUGUCAUCCACUGCAUGGAAAAUGUGAUUAUCCCGGCGAAUGCAAUUGCCGACCUGGAUGGCGAGGAGACUUUUGCGAUCAAUGCGAACCAUAUCCGGGGUGUAAACACGGCUACUGCAACGGAUCAUCGUGGCAGUGUAUUUGCGACACUAACUGGGGCGGAAUUCUUUGCGAUCAAGAUCUAAACUACUGUGGAACCCACGAACCCUGUCUGAACGGGGGUACGUGCGAGAACACCGCACCCGAUAAUUACUUGUGCACGUGCCCCGAAGGGUUUUCGGGUGCGAACUGCGAGGUGGUGGACAACCCUUGUGCACCCGCCCCCUGCCUACAUGGGGGAACCUGCAUGGAAACUGGUGGUUCCUUUAAUUGCGACUGCACGGCUGGCUGGACGGGACCCACAUGUAAUGUUGACAUUGACGAAUGUGCGUCCGCUCCAUGCCAAAACGGGGGCACCUGCGUGGAUCUGGAGGACGCCUUCAGGUGUGACUGUCCUACAGCGUGGGAAGGCGAUCUUUGUCAAUUUGAUGCUGACGAGUGCCAGAUCCAGAAUCCAUGCAUCAAUGCCAUGUCUUGCACUAACUUAGUCGGAGAUUAUCAUUGUAAAUGUCGAGUGGGUUGGAUGGGAAAAAAUUGCGAUCAAAACAUCAACGAUUGUGUCGGCCAAUGCCAGCAUGGAGCCACUUGCAUCGACCUGGUGAACGACUAUCAUUGUGCCUGUCAACCUGGAUUCACAGGAAGGGACUGCCAUACCGAUAUAGAUGAAUGCGCAUCCAAUCCUUGCAAGAAUGGCGGGGAAUGUGUAGACCAAGUCAAUGGCUACAGGUGUAUCUGCCCUGUGGGAAUCACUGGGCAUGAGUGUGAGAAUGACUACGACCAUUGCAAUCCAGAUCCGUGCCAGAAUGGGGCACCGUGCUUUAAGGCGCAAAACGACUACUACUGCCAUUGUCCAGAGGGUUGGCAAGGGAAGAACUGCAGUCAGGCAAAAAUCGUCUGCGAUAGUCCACCAUGUGAAAGUGGUAAGUUGUUUUGAAGUCAAUUUGUUGAUCUA